AAAUUGCCUCGUUGGCUCGUCGCCUAGGUCCAGACCGCCCGCGCCGCGCACGCUCCCUCCGAUGGCCGCCGCCGUCCACCUCCGCCCUCUCCACUCUCUCGCCCCCCGCCCCCCCGCGGCGAAGGCCGCGCCCAGCUGUCUUCCCUUCCCGGCGAAACCCAGGGCACGGAGGAGGGACAGCCGCCUCGCCCUGCUCGUAUGCUCCGCGUCGCCACCCGCGCCCGCGGCUCCCUCGUCCUCGGGAAGGGACAACGCCGCGGCGGCCAGGUGGGCAGAGUGGAUCCCGCGGGUGGCGGCGGGCCGUGCGGGGGCGGGCCCGGAGCAGGUGCUCAGGCUUAUCUCCGGCGCUGCGGCCGCGCCCGUUUGCCAGUUCGUCGACAAACCGCGCACCUUCCUCCACUCCGUCGACCCGCGCGUCAAGCUGGUGUGGCUCUUGGCCCUUGUUGUCUUACCAGCCAGGUCAAACAUUUAUAUGCGGUUCGGUUUGGUAGUAUUCCUGGCUCUUCUUUCAGUGUGGGUUUUGCCAAAUCAUGUUUGGAAGGAUCAACUUGGAAGGGUUGCUCUCCUUUCAGGAUUCAUAUUCAUAAUGCUGGGAUUUGGGGCCGAUGGUGCGCCUUCAUUGGUUCAGACGAGAACUCCUCCCCCUUCUGUUCUAGGCAUACCGAACAUUCCUUGUUCCGCAAGUGGGUAUUCUUACACAAUCAUGAAACUGGGGCCACUACAAUUUACAAGGAAAGGCCUAUCAGUUUCAAGCACUUCGGCAAGCCUCUCCUUUGCGAUAUUCCAAAGCGCAAGUCUCUGCUUGACAACAACCACGCCUGAGCAGCUUGCUUCUGCUUUGUGGUGGUUUAUGAUUCCACUGAAGCACAUCGGUGUACCAGUACCUGAGAUAAUACUUACACUACUACUGUCAUUGAGGUUCAUUAAUUUAGUAUUUGAUGAGGUCCGCAACUCAGCACUGGCGAUUGUAGCACGCAGGAUAAAUUGGAAGAAGCUGUCAGCUAUGGAAACUAUAGAUAUUUUCUUCAACUAUAUCCGACGGAUAUUCAAAAAUAUAUUUGAUCAUGCAGAGCAAAUAUCCAAGGCAAUGAUAUCUCGAGGGUUCCGUGGUGAUCCAAGCAAUCACAAGAUCUACUUCCUUACAGAAUCUUCAUUUGGCUUUGCGGAUCUAUUUUCAUUGCUUUGCCUGUUUGCUCUAAUGGGCCUGGCUUCCUAUUCUGAUCAGUUGGUUUGAUGGGACACAUUGGGAUUAUCAUGAGAACUUCAUUUCUUGGUAUCGCAAGACAUGGUUAAACGACUUGAAUGGCAGGACUUCCUGAAGCAGCACAUUCAUGCAGCACAUUCAAUGGUUUGGAAACAAAGAACAAGAUUUGUUGAGAACAAAAACAAGGGUUUCAAGAUGUAAAUAUGAUCCCCUCCUUUGGAAACUGGUAGGACUACUAACACGAUGUUCCAAGCAGGCACAACGUUUACAUGCGUCCUUUGAAAGGCAGUGUCGUCGACAACUGAUUUGAGUCUAACUUCGGGAAAUGCGAGUGAUUGUUGUUGAAUGGGAUCUCUCCAUUAUGUUGUAGAGACAUGUCAAAUAUCCAUCCUGAAACCUGUAACGCAAAAUUAUAGCUUUGCUUCAAUUUUUUCUUAUCUGUACCUGACCAGUGACCAGAGUUAUGGUAAGAUACUUGAAGAUACAAUGGUGAAGUUACGUGUUGUGACAAACAACUCGUGAAUUACAGUUAAUCAAAGCCAGAUGGAAAAAAAA